AUGGAAAUGGUGUCGGAGGCAAAGGUGAAUGGUGGAGAUAUGGAGGCUCCAACGGGUGAACUGCUCCCAGCACUUGCUGAGAAACCUGCAGGCCUCCCACCCGGCAAAUACUCCCUGGUGGGGUGGGAUAUGGAUACCACUGGAAGAAGGCUUAUUGAUGAAAUAUGCCAGAUAGCUGCGUAUACGCCUAAGCAAUCUUACUCGCAAUAUAUAAUGCCUUAUGGAGACUUGAACCCUGGUGCUCGUCGGCGUCAUAAUGUCAGAGUUGUUACUGUUGGAAGAUAUAGGAUGUUAAAAGACACAAAUACUCAUAAGAUACUGAAGACUAAAUCUGAAAUAUCAGCGCUAUCAGACUUUCUAGAUUGGUUGGAAAAAGAAAAGGGAGAUGGCAGUGUGAUUUUAAUUUACCACGAACCAAGACGUCUUAGCCCCACCAUGUUACUAGAAGCACUUACACGGUACAAGCUGCUCGACCGCUUCAAGUCGAUCGUGGCCGGGUUCGCGGACAGCUACGCGCUGGCGGCGGACAAGUGCAAGUCUACGGUGAAGUCGGUGUCGCUGCGCGUGUUGGCGCGCGUGCUGCUCGACGCCGACACGCUGUCGGUGGACAGCGCGCUGGACAGGGCGACGGCGGCGUACCGCAUCGUGGAGCACCUCGCUCAAGGCGAACAGCAAGAAGUUGGAGCCGGAGGCGAGGGAGCAUCAGCUAGUAAAGACAUGGUUGAAACAGCUCGUGUUUGGGCCCGACCUGUCCAUACCGAACUUGAGGCGCUGGCAAAGCUCAAGAAGUUACUUGAAAGGCAGAACACCUUCCGGCCUGUGUUCGCUCCUCUGCUGCGUUCCGCUAGGCCAGAGCGCAAACGGGUCACCCAGUUGAGGAGGCUGCUUGCCGACGCCGGGCUGCUCUACGACCAGCUCAAAGACGCCUGGCAAGAGCAGAAGUUAACUGGGUUAGAAAAACAAUUGGAGUCAUUGUCUGUAUCUGCAAAAGAAGAGGACAUCAAGGAGCUGAUAGAAAUAUUCGACUGUCACUUUGAUCCUGCGAAAGAACCAAAAGGUCCGAAGCCAAGAGUUAACAACAGAAAUAGAGCCGCAUCGUCGGCGGGUGAGACGGGCGAGGCCGAAGGCAGUACCAGUGAGUCACAAAAGAGUUCUCCGCAGAACUCUCCCAAUAAGACGAGUAAUGAUGUGGCCGCGGGAGAUUCUUCUAGUCAAACGGUCGCCGCCCAGGAGGCGGUAGCGGCCAAC